CUCUGAGUCACAAUGUUCAUGGGACUUUGUGACUCGGAAAAAGAGAUGAACUUUACUGUUUUUCACUUUUCUCCAGUUGUCCUAAAUCCUCCUUUUCUCAUAUAGAAGCGGAUAAUAAUUAAGGGGCCAAUUGGUCGAACUGCAGCCCCUCCCCCCACCCCCAUCUGGACUUUGGAUUUUUUGGAAGAGGUUGUUAGAAUGCAGUGGGACGAAAAGUUUUCAGCAAUCCGAAGAAACGAGUGUCUUUGUUCAGUACAGGGGCCAGAAGUUUUGACUUUCUCGAACGUACAGAGUAAUGUUGGCUCAAUUAAGAAACAUCAGGGAGAUAAAUUCAACCCAUUGUGUCUAAAAAUGACUACAAAACGAAGUUUGUUUGUGCGGUUGGUGCCAUGUCGCUGUCUACGAGGGGAAGAGGAGACUGUCACUACUCUUGAUUAUUCUCAUUGCAGCUUGGAACAAGUUCCCAAAGAGAUUUUUAAUUUUGAAAAAACCUUGGAGGAGCUCUAUUUAGAUGCUAAUCAGAUUGAAGAGCUUCCAAAGCAACUUUUUAACUGUCAGUCUUUACACAAACUGAGUUUGCCAGACAAUGAUUUAACAACGUUACCAGCAUCCAUUGCGAACCUUAUUAAUCUCAGGGAACUGGAUGUCAGCAAGAAUGGAAUACAGGAGUUUCCAGAAAAUAUAAAAAAUUGUAAAGUUUUGACUGUUGUGGAGGCCAGUGUAAACCCUAUUUCUAAGCUCCCUGAUGGAUUUUCUCAGCUGUUAAACCUAACCCAGUUGUACCUGAAUGAUGCUUUCCUUGAGUUCUUGCCAGCUAAUUUUGGCAGAUUAACUAAACUCCAAAUAUUAGAACUUAGAGAAAACCAGUUAAAAAUGUUGCCUAAAACCAUGAAUAGACUGACCCAGCUGGAAAGACUGGAUUUGGGAAGUAACGAAUUCACGGAAGUGCCUGAAGUACUUGAGCAACUAAGUGGAUUAAAAGAGUUUUGGAUGGAUGCUAAUAGACUGACUUUUAUUCCAGGGUUUAUUGGUAGUUUGAAACAGCUCACAUAUUUGGAUGUUUCUAAAAAUAAUAUUGAAAUGGUUGAAGAAGGAAUUUCAGCAUGUGAAAACCUUCAGGACCUCCUGUUAUCAAGCAAUUCGCUUCAGCAGCUUCCUGAGACUAUUGGUUUGUUGAAGAAUAUAACAACUCUUAAAAUAGAUGAAAACCAGUUAAUGUAUCUACCAGACUCUAUAGGAGGGUUAAUAUCAGUAGAAGAACUGGAUUGUAGUUUUAAUGAAGUUGAAGCUUUGCCUUCAUCUAUUGGGCAGCUUACUAACUUAAGAACUUUUGCCGCUGAUCAUAAUUACUUACAACAGUUGCCCCCUGAGAUUGGAAGCUGGAAAAAUAUAACUGUGCUGUUUCUCCAUUCCAAUAAACUUGAGACACUUCCAGAGGAAAUGGGUGAUAUGCAAAAAUUAAAAGUCAUUAAUUUAAGUGACAAUAGAUUAAAAAAUUUGCCCUUUAGCUUUACAAAGCUACAGCAAUUGACAGCUAUGUGGCUCUCAGAUAAUCAGUCCAAACCCCUGAUACCUCUUCAAAAAGAAACUGAUUCAGAGACCCAGAAAAUGGUGCUUACUAACUACAUGUUCCCUCAACAGCCAAGGACUGAGGAUGUUAUGUUUAUAUCAGAUAAUGAAAGUUUUAACCCUUCAUUGUGGGAGGAACAGAGGAAACAGCGGGCUCAAGUUGCAUUUGAAUGUGAUGAAGACAAAGAUGAAAGGGAGGCACCUCCCAGGGAGGGAAAUUUAAAAAGAUAUCCAACACCAUACCCAGAUGAGCUUAAGAAUAUGGUCAAAACUGUUCAAACCAUUGUACAUAGAUUAAAAGAUGAAGAGACCAGUGAAGACUCUGGAAAAGAUGUGAAACCACACGAAGAUCAACAAGAUAUAAAUAAAGAUGGAGAUGUGAAGACCUCAGAAAGUACAACUACAGUAAAAAGCAAAGUUGAUGAAAAAGAAAAGUAUAUGAUAGGGAACUCUAUACAGAAGAUCAGUGAACCUGAAGCUGAGAUUAGUCCUGGGAGUUUACCAGUGACUGCAAAUAUGAAAGCCUCUGAGAACUUGAAGCAUAUUGUUAACCAUGAUGAUGUUUUUGAGGAAUCUGAAGAACUUUCUUCUGAUGAAGAGAUGAAAAUGGCAGAGAUGCGACCACCAUUAAUUGAAACCUCUAUUAACCAGCCAAAAGUCGUAGCACUUAGUAAUAACAAAAAAGAUGAUACAAAGGAAAUAGAUUCCUUAUCCGAUGAAGUUACACACAAUAGCAAUCAGAAUAAUAGCAAUUGUUCUUCUCCAUCUCGGAUGUCUGAUUCAGUUUCUCUUAAUACUGAUAGUAGUCAAGACACCUCACUCUGCUCUCCGGUGAAACAAACUCAUAUUGAUAUGAAUUCCAAAAUCAGGCAAGAAGAUGAAAAUUUUAACAGCCUUUUACAAAAUGGAGAUAUUUUAAACAAUUCAACAGAGGAAAAGUUCAAAGUUCAUGAUAAAAAAGAUUUUAACUUACCUGAAUAUGAUUUGAAUAUUGAAGAGCAAUUAGUUCUAAUUGAGAAAAGUGUUGAUUCAACACCCACAGCUGAUGACACUCACAAAUUAGAUCACAUCAAUAUGAAUCUUAAUAAGCUUAUAACUAAUGAUACAUUUCAACCAGAUAUCAUGGAAAGAUCAAAAACACAGGCUAUCACGCUUGGAACAGACUUUUUAAGCAUUAAUUCUAAAGAGGAAACUCAGCACUUGGAAAAUGGAAAUAGGUAUCCUAAUCUAGAAUCCGUAAAUAAGGUAAAUGGACACUCUGAGGAAACGUCACAGUCUCCUAAUAGAACUGAACCACAUGACACUGAUUGUUCUGUUGACUUAGGUAUUUCCAAAAGCACUGAAGAUCUCUCCCCUCAGAAAAGUGGUCCAGCUGGAUCUGUUGUGAAAUCUCAUAGCAUAACUAAUAUGGAAAUUGGAGAGCUAAAAAUCUAUGACAUUCAUAGUGAUAAUGGACCUCAGCAGCCAAAUACAGCAGUUAAAAUGACAUCUGCUGUCGAUGGAAAAAAUAUAGUCAGGAGCAAGUCUGCCACAUUGUUGUGUGAUCAGCCAUUGCAGGUAUUUAUCGGUUCUUCGUCAUCUUCUGAUUUAAUAUCAGGAACAAAAGCAAUUUUCAAGUUUGAUUCAAAUCAUAAUCCCGAAGAGCCAAAUACAAUAAGAGGCCCCACAAUUGGCCCACAAUCUACACCUCAAUUAUAUGGUCCUCCACAGUAUAAUAUCCAAUAUAGUAGCAGUGCUGCAGUCAAAGACACUUUGUGGCACUCCAAACAAAAUCCCCAGAUAGAUCAUGCCAGUUUUGCGUCUCAGCGCCUUCCUAGAUCAGAGAGUACAGAAAAUCAAAGUUAUGUUAAACAUUCUGCCAAUAUGAAUUUCUCUAAUCAUAACAAUGUGCGAGCUAAUACUGCAUACCAUUUACAUCAGAGACUUGGCUCAGCCAGACAUGGGGAAAUGUGGGCCAUCUCACCAAAUGACCGACUUAUUCCUGCAGUAACUCGAAGUACAAUUCAGCGACAAAGUAGUGUGUCCUCCACAGCCUCUGUAAAUCUUGGUGAUCCAGGUCCUACAAGGCGGGCCCAGAUUCCUGAAGGAGAUUAUUUAUCAUACAGAGAGUUCCACUCAGUGGGAAGAACUCCUCCAGUGAUGCCAGGAUCACAGAGACCUCUUUCUGCACGAACAUACAGCAUUGAUGGUCCGAAUGCAUCAAGGCCUCAGAGUGCUCGACCCUCUGUUAAUGAAAUACCAGAGAGAACUAUGUCAGUUAGUGAUUUCAAUUAUUCACGGACUAGUCCUUCAAAAAGACCAAAUGCAAGGGUUGGUUCUGAGCAUUCUUUAUUAGAUCCUCCAGGAAAAAGUAAAGUUCCUCAUGAUUGGAGAGAACAGGUACUUCGACAUAUUGAAGCCAAAAAGUUAGAAAAGACAGAGUCUCGCUCUGUUGCCCAGGCUGGAGUACAGAGGCGUGAUCUUGGCUCACAACCACCUCCGCCUCCCAGGUUCAAGCGAUUCUCCUGCCUCAGCCUCCUGAGUAUCUGGGUCUACAGGUGUACGUCACCACGCCUGGCUAUUUUUUGUAUUUCUAGUAGAGAGAGGAUUUCACUCUGUUGGCCAGGCUCGAACUCCAUACCUCGUGAUCCGCCUGCCAUGGCCUCCCAGAGUGCUGGGAUUAAAGGCAUGAGCAACUGUGCCUUGACCUAACAUGUGUUCUGCAACUUCAAUUAGCCAUUUAAAAAAAACGUCUUAAAUAAAAUUUUCAGAAAUGGCUAAAAUAUAUGAUUUGUAUUUCAUAUAAGUUUACAUGAAAUGUCAGCCUAUAAUUUUUCUUUUUAGUGCAAUCCUCUCAACUUUAAAUAAACUUUAAAUUGGUAAACAUCCAUAAGCAUUAGGCUACUUCAUUCUCAUCUAUCCAUUUUAUUUCAGCUAGUAGUUCUGUACACACUGUUGAGGCUAUUUGAACUUGUGUGCUUUUUCUAAAGCAUUUAGAAAUUUCUUAAGCAGGUGUAUUUUAUAAAUAAAUUUCUGGUGAUGGUGUGAAACUAGAUUUUAGAGAUUGAGUUAUGAUGCCAUUUAAUGAUCUAGAAAAAAAUAUGUGAACUGUUCCCAGUGGGGUUAAGACAAAUGAGUUCAAGAGAGAGUUCUGAAAUAGACUUUACAAGAAUUUACAACAAGAAUUUACUUGUGAUUGAAUAUUUCUAUAAUCAGAAAGGAAAAGGGAUAAAGCUUGAGAUUAUUGUACCUUGUAUUACUGGCUGUUGGGAAUGUCUUUAGCUAUUACUGGGCAUAGAGAGAGAUGUAGGAGAUUUGUAGGAGAUUUGGAAGAAGGGAUGAGUUCGCUUUUUAUGUUCUGUAUAGUUUACAUCUUAUAUGGCUGUUCUACUUCUUUCAUGUCUGACAGAGAUAUACCUGGGUAAAUAAGAAGCAAGCAGUAACUAUCUCAUCAUUCAGUGUGCCACUCAGUUGUUUUUAAUUGCCUAAAAUAUUUACGUAUUUUUAAAUUUGUGGUAUAGUUUCUUGAAGAGUAUAUGGCAGUAGUUUCUCAGUUGUGUCCACUGGUAAUUUAGAGGUGUGAAUUAGUUGAUUGAAACUAAAGAGAAACCUUGUGAGAAAAGAAACAGGUCAAACUGUGCCUGAACACAAAUCUGCAGCUGAUAACUCCCAUUUCCAAGGAUAUCACACUUUGAAGUUAUGAGGGGUGCUUCUUCUCUCAUCAUAUGCGUGCCCAGACACCCACCUUCCAGACUACUAGUUGACUACACUAUAGUGUAUUCUAGCUCAUCUGUUGGGAAGCACUUGUAACAAAUACCAAAGUCUAUAUCCUGCCAUUACUGUAGCUCUACUAUAUUCCUUCUAGGGUAUUUUAUUCUCCAUGUCUUUCUUAAAUGGGUGUUGUGUGUGCCUCUUAGUUCUUAAGAAGUAUUCAUAUGUGAGACUGCUUUUACUUAACGUAUGUGAAAGUUUUAUUUUAAAUGGAUUCAUAUGUUUUAUAAAUCACAUUUUUUUUUUUUUGAGACGGAGUUUCACUCUUGUUACCCAGGCUGGAGUGCAAUGGCGCAAUCUCGGCUCACCGCAACCUCCGCCUCCUGGGUUCAGGCAAUUCUGCCUCAGCCUCCCGAGUAGCUGGGAUUACAGGCACGCGCCACCGUGCCCAGCUAAUUUUUGUAUUUUUAGUAGAGAUGGGGUUUCAGCAUGUUGACCAGGAUGGUCUCGAUCUCCUGACCUCGUGAUCCACCCGCCUCAGCCUCCCAAAGUAUAAACUACAUUUUUAAAGAAUUUAAAUUUUUAAAUAAUUUUUUACUUUUUAAAUUUUUUUCAAAUAUGCAAUUAGAGAGACAUUUUAUAUGUCAAAAAUAUAUUACAAAUAAUACCAUAACAUUUCAGAAUCCUAGCUCUGAUGCUCAGUUAGCUACUUGGACCAGUAACUUUGACUUUCCUUAUAUUGGUUGCUUCAUGUGUAUAUUAGGUGCAAUGAAAGGAACUACUAGAAUUAUUUAAAAACUAAAUGGGUUAAUACAUGCAAAGCACUUAGAAUGGUACCUGGCAUGUAUAACUAAUUGCUAAAUAAGUAUUUGUUGUUAUUAUCGUCAUCAUAUCACUAUCUUUUAAAUAUAAAAAAAUCAGCUGAUUAAAUUUGUUUAAACAAUCAAAUCCUUUAUUGUGUAGUAGGUUAUUUUAUGAUGGUAAAAUAAUUGUGUUUUUCUUAAUAUUUUAAAUAUAGUUCCUAAUUUUAAAAUAUAAAUAGAUUUCUUAUAUCAAAGAUUAAGGUCUUUUUAGAAAGUAAAGAUAGUCUCUGUAUGUUUAGAUUGUAAAAAUUUGUUUUAAAUACCUAUUUAUCAAGGAUGAUGAUCUUGAAUAAUAUUUCUUUUAAUAUAUUUAUCUGUCAAAACAAUACCAAUAAAAUGUCAAUAGAGACAUUCGUAUUUAUGCAUACAUACACACAAUAACAAAAAUAGAAGUUCCAAAAGAAAUUUGAUACUUCAUGAUUUCAUUAUUAGUCAUUAUCUCCAGAAAAUAUAGUUCAGAAAAUUAUUUCAUAAUUUAGGAAAUAACUGUGGUUCAAAAGAUGAAAUUUUAAUGUAUAGCUAGUAAUUAUAUGCGAUGAGAUUUGGGGACUUUUUGAUAAAUUUCUAAAAUGUUUUCAUUUUGAAAGAUAAAAUGGUGUGACAAAUGCAAGAGUAGUCACAGAAGAUGGGCUUAUUCAAGAAACAGUGCUUUUUGAAAAACAAAAUUUUUAUAAAUAGGAUUAAGAUUAAUAGGUAAAGAUAAAAGUUAUAUCAAGGAGGAGUUCUGAGAGCAGAGAAGAGACAAGGAGUUCAACCUGGUUGAAUUAGGGAUUUAUUUUGAGAAUAUUUGAUAAUAAAGUUUGGGCCAGAUUAUGGAUAUUAGAAAGUCAUAAUAUGUAACAGUUCAGUUUAUUUAGUAUUUACAAAGUGCCAGAGCUAUCACUGUAAAAUUACCUAGCCAUACAAAUGUUUUUCAGUUCACAUGAGUCCUGUGUGAUAUUUUUAUUAUCUCAUUUUACCAUAAGGAAAUUUAGGCAUAGAAUAGUCAAGUAAUUUUCCCAGGAUGAUGUGUGUUAUGUAGUGGAGAGGAAACAACCUUAAAGCCUAUCAGAAGAAUUUCAAGUUGACACAAUAAACAAUAGAGAGCCACUGUUAUUUCAUGAGCAGAUAGAGUAUUUUAGGAUCUCUUUGGGAAAAGGGUUCAGGAUGAAUUGAUAAGAAGUAGUUUAGGAAACACUUUCAAUAAUAAAACAGCCAAAUAAUAGAUACUUGAGCUAGGGUUUCAGUUCUAGUGUUGUGAGUCUGAAAAACACUUGGGUUAAAAUUAUUUAGUUUUAGGGAUUAAAUAAGAAAAAUAUUCAAGAGGUAGCCAAGGUUUCUGAUUUGGGAUAUUUAAUCAUCAACCUUAUUUAUUUUAUUUAUUUUUUAAUAGAGACAGGGUCUUGCUAUGAUGCCCAGGCUAGUCUCAAACUCCUGGCCUCAAGCAAUCUUCUCGCCUCAGCCUCCCAAAGUGCUGGGAUUACAGAUGUGAGCUACCAUGCCCUGCCAAAUAUUUUUUUUUUAAAAGAUCUGGUAGUUAGGGAAAUGAAGUCUUUAAAGCAUUGUGGUAUAGUAUAAAAGUUUGGCAAAAAAUUAACUUAGUUGGUUUUGAAUGUAUUGAUUUUGAUGUGAUGAUAAUGUGUCCAAGUAAUAUGGAACACAAUCCGAUACUACAGUAAGUAAUGCAAAUUUGAGAUACAAACCAUGUGAUGAUGAGUGAAUUUUUCUAAGCAGUAAUUAUGUGGGAUAAGAAAAAAGUGUGUUGUUAAGAGAUACUGAAAAGAUAUAUUGUUUUAGGUUAGGUAAUGUUAAAUUGCUAAGAUUGCUAGACAUGCUUAUUAUCCCAAAGUACAGUCCAUUCCAAUUCAGUGAUACGUACAUACUUAAGAUUUCGGUAUCUUUCCCCAUUCUGCCUACCAUUAACUGCUAGAAAUUUAUUAUUUUAAGGCAGGAUGGUUUGAAUAACUAACUUGUACCUAGAUUUUACCUUUGUUCUUCUAGGUCAAUGGUUUUCAAACUUUACUAUAUGGGGUCUAUAAAUAAAACUGUAUAUUCUGAGUGGUUUCAGAGAUUUUCAAAGAUUGAUUUUGACCUGUGUGUAUGUGUGUUUUACUUUGUAUGUGAACCAGCAUCAUUUAUUUAUUAUCCCAUUUUGCAAUAAGGAAAUUUAGGCACAGAAUAAUUAAGUAAUUUUCCCAGGAUGAUCUAUAUGCUCUGUGAAGCAGAGGGAACAACUCUUAAAAGCUGGUCAGAAAAAUUUCAAGUUGACUAAAGUGAAGCCACUGUUAUUUCCUGUGCAGAUAUAGUACUUUAGAUUAUAUAAUGUUAGAUAUGGUUCUUUUGAGUUGUCUGAGAGUGGUUUAACAUGAUUCUACCCCAUUCACCUAAAAAUAACUUUAUUCAAUAAGAAUAAUCCUUAAUGAAGCAUAAUUUGAAUAAUUUGCCAGUGAAAAUUAACUCUUUCUGUAAGUCUAUAGUGUGGGGAUACUUCUUUUCAUAUGUUCAAAAAAUUCUAAUAUCAUGUAAUGUGGUUCUGAAAAUUGUCCCUGUUUUAUUUAUAGAAGCUACUUUGUGCUACAUUCAUGCUCUUAGGCAUUAGAUAAUGUAGUCAAAAUGUAUGGGUAUUAUAAGCAUAUUGUAUGUGCUACAUAUAUAUAUAUAUUUACUAAUUAACUAGUUUAAUAGCAGCAAGAUUUAGACUCCAAACUUCAAAGCAUUGGUUCAAAGUGGUAGAAGAUGAUGGAGAAUCUCUAUUCACUCCUUUACACCCACCAUUUUAAUUCUGAUGGCUAAGUAGACAUUUACAGAUUUUCCCUGGGGACUUUGGCAAUACCUGCCCUACCUCAUGAGAUAAGUCCCAAAAUUAAAAGCUACUUUGCUCAGCUGAGAGUAAUAAGGAGGUAAUCUGUUGAAGCUUAGGUUUUAGACCUUUUAAUAGUCACCCCUCUUAUCUCCCACUGCCAAAAACAAAACAAAAAAAAGCAAAACUGUAUCUGGAACCCAAAAAUAGAAAGUAGAUGUCACCUUGAAAAAUCUCAAAAUUAAUUUAAUUAAACUAAUAAGCAAAAUUUGAAAAGGAGUAAGAACUUUUUAUUUCAAAGUUGAAUGGUUACUAUCAGCAUUUACUAAUACUCUUUAUGAGAAUUCAGAUAAUAUGAUUAACACAACAUGGUAAGUGUUACAUUAACUUUUUAUUAUACAACUAUCAGUAUGUAAUGAACAACGUUCAGGACAUUAUGCCUAGCAUUUAAUUGAGCUCUGCACAAAGUGUUAUGACAGGGAGCAGUUUUAUAUAGAUGUCUGUGUACAAACCUGAAUUUAAAGCCAGACCUGUUUUGAGCUUCACCCUUACUUGCUAGUGAAAUAUUUAUCGUAAGUUCAUAUGUUUGGAGAUGACAGAGAAAGCUUUUCUGCAAGAUCUGUAUAUCAUUAAAAGGGUUAAUCAGGCCACUUGAGUCAAUAACACAUUAAAGCUCUCUGGAUUACAAAUGUGUGUGUCUGUUAUGUAUGUAUGUAUGAAUGAUUUUCUUUUUUAUUCCAAUCAAAUGUUUAUGAAGCCUCCAAAUUGCCUCUGCUAAAUCAUUAUCUUUGUUGAAGUGAUUUGGGAAAAUGCAGAUCUGGGCUAUAAGUUCAGCUUUUUAUUUAGUCAUUACUUAAAAUUCACAGAAUAAUUGGAAGUAUACGUGGUAGUUUUAUAGAUCCUUUCCUUUCUGGAAUCCUGUAAUGUUUCUUGGUAUUGGAUGUCAACUUCAAAAUUUUGAGAAGGAAUAUACUUGCUAAGAGUAAUACAGAAAUGCUUGUUACGAUAUUUCUGUAUUUCUUAAUAACAAGUCAUGCUCAAAAUGUGGUUUCUCCAGUUUGACCAUUAAGCCCUCAGUACUCAGGAACAUGACUUAAAGCACUCACAUGAAAGAACAGCAGUUCAGGAAACUGGGAAUAAACAAGUGGAACAGUGGGAAUCAGGCAGUGCAUUUCAGGCAGUUCUGGGAUUAGCAGUUAGGUAUUCAUAUGGACUCAGUUUGUGAGAGGUUUCCAUCAAUGGCUCUUCAAAUUUAAGCAGCAAAGGCCACCAACUCCUAAAAUACAGUGAUCUUUAA